GCGCUGGACAAAGUCUCGCGCAAUUUGCUGAGCCCAACUGUAAAGCUCUCUAGCAACGGUGUAGCUUAUCACCGCAAACAACGGGACGUCGUCACACCUCAGUCUCUGUAUCAGGUGGACCAGCAAAGAUCGGCUCUUGACCGAUUUCUCCUACGAUUACUUCGCAGGUGAUACAAGAAUGAUUUAGUUAUAACCAAACAUUCCAAACAAAUGUCUGUGUUAUAAAUUGAGUAUGGCAGUGAAUGUCCACUCGACUUCUAUGACGAUAGAAAACAUGAGUCGCCAUGAUAUGCUGGCCUGGGUCAAUGAUUCUCUUCAACUCACUUAUACCAAAAUUGAACAGCUAGGUUCAGGUGCUGCGUAUUGCCAGUUUAUGGAUAUUCUGUUUCCUGGGUGCCUGUUGUUAAAAAAAAUCAAGUUCAACGCUCGGCUGGAACAUGAGUCCAUCCAAAACUUCAAGGUCUUGCAGGCUGCAUUCAAGAGAAUGAAUGUGGAUAAGAUCAUCCCUGUGGAGAGGCUUGUGAAGGGCAAGUUCCAGGACAACUUUGAAUUUGUCCAGUGGUUCAAGAAGUUCUUUGACGCAAACUACGAUGGCAAGGACUACGACCCCCUGCAGAUUCGGCAGGGCCAUGAUGCCACGCCCCCACCCAAUCAAGGCGACAUCUUUUCCCAAAAACCCAAACGAACCACUCGGACAGGCCCAAUGAGAACGUCUCCCCCGGUGCCCAAGACAGUCCCGCCCCCCCAGAGGCAGAUCAACGCGAUGCCCGCUCCUCGCAGGAGCGCCCAUUCGGUCCGCAACGGAGGGGAAGCAGAGCUGGUGGAGCUCAACCAGCAGCUGCUGGACCUGAAGGUGACGGUAGACGGCCUGGAGAAGGAGAGGGACUUCUACUUUGGCAAGCUGCGGGAUAUUGAGCUCAUCUGCCAGGAGAACGACAGCGAAAACAGCUCCACCCUCAGCAAGAUUAUGGAUGUACUCUACGCCACAGAGGACGGCUUUGCUCCGCCGGAGGACGAGGAGAAUGAGGGUGCACAAGGAGACAACGAGGACUUCUGAACGCACCCACAUCAGCAGCCCGUUUGCAUCCCGAGUCAGACCCCCCCAUCAUCCGACCCACGCUCAUGACUAUCAUAACACCCCUCCCAGCCCGCUCUUGUUUCUAUUUUAAGGCCUCAUCUCCCUCCUCCUUCAGUCUAUGAUCGCUCUUUGAUACUCUCUACACUCCCGACAGUUGUCCAUAAGCACUGCAUUCUGACUCGCUGAAAAACACUAAAUCUAGACCCGUCUCUAGGAUAAAAGGGGACUUGGUGACUUUGGCGGCCUGUUUUCAGGCGAACCUCACAUGCUCUAUGUCCAUGUCGAGGGUAGGACUGCUCGCACUGCUAGUUUAGCCUCCAGUGGGGGUGCUACACUACAGUGCAUGCUGGCCUGCUUUUGUCUCUUUAUUUAGGUCGAUGUCGCUGAGCUUACAGGGUCCUGGCAUUGGUAACACGUUUCCAGCAGUGCUUUCUAUUCACCAACGUGUCACUUGCCUCCACCAGAUACUGUAAUUCACACAUUGGAGCUGAUUCUCUAUAUUUUUGGUCACCCGUUGGUUAUACGAUUAUUACCAUCACCAUACAAGGGAUGUUUUUUCUGGAAGGUGGCCCAGCACUGGUGGUCCCGCUACUACAACCUGCACUCGUAACAUAUCACUUGACACUAUUUUACACACGUUCAUAUCGUAAAGAAAUUCUGGCAAAGGUAAAGAGUCGACACUGAGUGAUGAUUAUCCAAGCACCAUGAUUAUCUUUAAAUUAACUAUUAUUAUUAUUUAUUGAGCCCUCCUGGAUAAUGAUUAAUUGAUUUUUAUUUAUAUUUAUAUGAAGAAGAAGGAAAAACAUAUUUAUGUUUUUAUUUAUUCAUGAUGUUUUUGUAAACUGCCCUUAACAGUUUCCUUUUCGGAAAAAAACAGUAUAAGUACUGACAUGUAAAUGUGGUUCUGGAGAGAGACAUGGUGUUGCACAAACUGUAGCAGAGCAGAAAAAGGCGGUCCAGGAUGUCAACAUUAAGUGACUGGCUGACUGCUGCCACAGGAAUACACAAAAAAAACGCUAUUUUAUAUUUUUUAGAUUGAUUUUGAAUCUGCAUUUUGUUUGAUUUUCAUUGAAUGGCAUAAAGGCUAUGUCUGAUACAUCUUAUGUGAAGCAUAUUUUUUUAGAGGCAACCAGAUCUGUCGAGCUUUGUACCAAUAUGAAUUGUUUUUUGAAAACAUGGCAUUAAAUAAUUGUUACUACUUAUACAGUACUAAUGUUUGAUGAUGCUAUUUAUGUUGAACGAUUUUAGCUGCUAUCUCUUUUUGGUUGCGGUAUUGAUUUUUGGGGUUGAGUUUUGAUACGUUGAUCUGCGUUAAACCACAUUGGCUGCCUGUAACUUAGUUGGUGUGGUUUGUUCUGAUUGACAGCCAGACUGAGUCUUCUGGUUGAUUGACAUGAUUCGGGCCAGUUGAGAGAACAGAACAACAUCCUUCCCUCACUCACUAAGUCUCUUUUGCUGUUUGUUACCAUGAUAGCCAUGUGAUCAACUUGCAUCAUUUGUAUUUAUUGGAGAAAUACAAUAAAAGUCUGAGGUUCCCAAUCAAUAGGACCAAAGGA